CGGCACUGAAACAUUUUCACUACCAGCCAGCCCCAACCCCUUGCAUCGAGUCCAUCUCUAUCUCUAAUUUCCCAACCCUCUGCCCCAUCACUUUCUCCAUCAUAAAACCUAAUCAAUCCCUUUUCCAUCCUCAGUUAUUCAAUUCAUUUCCAAAACCUCAUCUUUGCUCUGUUUCAAAGAUUUAAUUCUCUGUUUUCAUUUUUUGUCUUUUCUAAUGGCUCGAGAAGCGUAUUUGGUUCCUGUCCUGGAGGCACAAGUAGCCACGCUGAAGAAGAAAACGGCGGUGACAACGAGCUGGAUUUCGAUAGACGCUAAGGGGAAAAGCGUGAUUCUUGACGUCGACAAGUAUGCUAUAAUGCGCCGCGUUCAGGUUCAUGCUAGAGACCUUCGUAUUCUUGAUCCCAUGCUAUCUUAUCCUUCCACCAUUUUAGGCAGAGAGAAAGUCAUUGUUCUCAAUUUAGAGCACAUUAAAGCUAUAAUCACCGCAGAAGAGGUGUUGCUUAGAGAUCCAUACGAUGAUAACGUAAUACCCAUUGUCGCUGAACUUAAAAGGCGAUUGCCUCAAGAUAAUCUCACAUGUCAAGAUCAAGGAGGAGAAGAAGAAGAACACCCUAGUGCACGCAAUGAUAUGGAUACUGAGGAGGAAAAUGAAUUUCCAUUUGAAUUCCGGGCAUUAGAAGUUGCAUUAGAAGCAAUUUGUAGCUUUCUUGAUGCACGUACUAGGGAACUAGAGAUCGAUGCUUAUCCAGCUUUAGAUGAGCUGACCUCCAAGAUAAGCAGCCGUAACUUGGAUCGGGUGCGUAAACUGAAAAGUGCUAUGACAAGGCUGACAAACCGCGUUCAAAAGGUAAGGGAUGAACUCGAACAACUUUUAGAUGACGACGAUGAUAUGGCAGACCUUUAUUUAUCGAGAAAGUUGGCUGGGGCUUGUUCCCCUGUCAGUAGUUUCAGUGUUCCAAGUUGGUAUCCACCCUCACCAACUAUAGGUUCAAAGAUUUCAAGAACCAGUCGGGCAAGCGCAGUAACAGUUGAGGAGGACAAUGAUGUCGAGGAGCUGGAAAUGUUGCUUGAGGCGUACUUUAUGCAAAUUGAUAGUACACUGAACAAACUGACUACGCUGCGUGAAUACAUUGAUGAUACAGAGGAUUAUAUCAAUAUCCAGCUUGACAAUCAUCGAAAUCAGCUAAUUCAGUUAGAGCUCUUCGUAAGUUCCGGGACUGUUUGUUUAUCUAUAUAUUCCUUGGUUGCUGCAAUCUUUGGAAUGAAUAUUCCUUAUACGUGGAAAGAAGGCCAUGAAUACAUGUUUAAAUGGGUGGUCAUCCUCACUGGAUUGCUAUGUACGUCGACUUUCACAUCAAUAGUUUCCUAUGCGAGGCACAAGGGUCUUAUCGGGUCUUGAAGUCCAUAGAAUCACAUUUGGAGUACUGAGGAUCACACAGCUUGAAGAGAAGCAUAAAAGUAGUACUGCAAUGAAUUCCUUACCAUAUCUUGGCCCAACCUGGUUAAACUUUCAGGUGCCAAUGUCAGGUGAACAACUGCGUGCUAUAUUGUCACUGUUAUAUAUUAUUAUAUCAUGCUUUUGAAUCCAUGCAUGGAAGGUCAUAUUGUAAUUGGCAAAAAAGAAGAAAAUUAUAUAAGGUGCAUCCUUAUGUUGGCAUAUAUUCAUGAAAGUAGGUGGUAAAGUAGGUGACAAUUGACAUUUGAAUUUAAUUCAUUUGUUUCAUGCAAUUACAUUUACAAUUUACAAGUAAUAGGUUUUAAUUUUAAA